UUGCGUCCUGCUCCUCUCGCGAGGGACCCGGCCGCCCGGCCGCGGUGGCGGUACGGGCCCUGGGCAGACCCGCCCCUCGCGGGCGCCCCCUCCGGCCUCCGGGCCAGCCCGCCCUACCCACCGCCUGGCAGCGCCGUGACGUCACGUGCCGCUGCGUGCGGAGCCGGGCGGUGACGCCCAGGGGUGGCGUCGGGAGGAGCGCGGCGACGCGCGGGGUUGACGUCGGGGUAAGCAGGGCAACGCCCAGCGGUGACGUCGUGGGGGAGGGCAGGAGGGGGCGCCGGCGGGAACCUGAGCCGAGCCCGUCCCGCCCCGCCCCGUGCCGCCCCGGUUCCGCCGUAAGGACCCGUGUCCCGAGCUGUGCGGCUCGCGUGCUGCCGCCCCUCCCCCACCCCGCCCCUGACGUUUCCGGAGACCUAAGGUGAGUAUUGAAGGAUGUUUGUUCCAAGAUCCCUGAAAGUCAGGAGGAACGCUAAUGAUGACGGCAGAAGUUGCGCAGCCAAGAAAAUUAAAGCCGAAGCCGAAGCCGCAGCCGAUGUGGCUUUGGCCGGACCUGCGGGUGCGAGGGACAGCGAUCUCCCCGAGGAGCCCGUGAAGUCCUUCUCCAAAACCCAGCGCUGGGCGCAGCCGGGGGAGCCGGUGUGCGUCGUGUGCGGCCGGUUCGGAGAGUACGUCUGCGACACGACGGACGAGGAUGUGUGUAGCCUGGAGUGUAAGGCCAGGCACCUGCUGCAGGUUGAGGGGCGGGCAGGGCAGGGGGAGCCCAGCGGUCCGCAGGAAGCGGGUUCUGAGCCGGCGGCUCCGCGUCCGGCCGCUUACGUCUACACCGAGCACGCCUUCAUCUCCAGUCUCCGGGAGGACCAGAUUGAAAACCUUCGAGGGCAGCUGGGAAUCGUAGUUCAAGGGCAAGGCGUCGCCAGGCCGGUGGUUGACUUCGAGCAUUGCGGCUUCCCCGAGGCCUUGAACCACAACUUGAAGGCCUCAGGCUACGAGGUCCCCACGCCCAUCCAGAUGCAGAUGAUUCCCGUGGGACUUCUGGGCCGAGAUGUCCUGGCCAGCGCCGACACCGGCUCCGGGAAGACGGCUGCCUUCCUUCUUCCUGUGAUCCUCCGAGCUCUAUUCCAGAGCCGGGCCCCGUCCGCACUGGUCCUCACCCCCACGAGGGAGCUCGCCAUCCAGAUCGAGCGCCAGGCCAAGGAGCUGAUGCGCGGGCUGCCGGGCAUGAGGACCGCUCUGCUCGUGGGGGGCUUGCCCGCCCCGCCUCAGCGCCAUCGCCUGCGCCAGCGCGUCCAGGUUAUCAUAGCAACUCCCGGGCGACUUCUGGAUAUAAUAAAGCAGAGCUCUGUGGAACUUGGCAGUGUGAAGAUCGUAGUGGUAGAUGAAGCCGAUACCAUGUUAAAGAUGGGCUUCCAGCAGCAAGUGUUUGACAUCUUGGAAAACGUUCCUCAUGACUGUCAGACCGUCCUGGUGUCGGCCACGAUUCCCGCUAGCAUCGAGCAGCUGGCUGGCCAGCUUCUGCGUGACCCCGUGAGAAUUGUCGCUGGGGAGAAGAACCUGCCCUGCGCCAGCGUGCGCCAGAUUGUUCUGUGGGUGGAAGACCCCGCCAAAAAGAAGAAACUGUUCGAAAUCUUAAACGAUAAGAAGCUCUUCAGGCCUCCAGUGCUGGUGUUUGUGGACUGCAAGCUGGGAGCAGAUCUGCUGAGCGAGGCAGUUGAGAAAAUCACAGGCCUAAGAAGCACGUCUGUGCACUCGGAGAAGUCACAGACCGAAAGGAGACACGUGCUGAAGGGGCUACUUGAAGGAGACUAUGAAGUUGUAGUGAGCACGGGGGUCCUGGGAAGAGGCCUGGACCUGGUCAGCGUCAAGCUGGUCGUCAACUUCGACAUGCCGUCGAGUAUGGAUGAGUAUGUGCACCAGAUUGGAAGAGUGGGGAGAUUAGGUCAGAGCGGAACAGCCAUUACUUUCAUCAACAACAGCUCGAAAAGGCUCUUCUGGGAUGUUGCGAAGCGCGUGGGGCCCACGGGCUCCCUGCUCCCCCCGCAGCUGCUGAAUUCGCCUUACCUUCACGAGCAGAAGAGGAAGGAACAGCAGAGAGACAGACGGACUCAGAGUGAUCUGGUCACAGGAGCUAAUCUCAUGGACAUUAUUAGAAAACAUGAUAAGAGUAAUUCUCAAAGAUGAUUUGUUGUCCCACUUUGAAUAGUUUUUAUUGUGUCUUGUCAGUGAAAUGUCUGUGCAGUAUUGCCGUUUGGUUUCAAUAAAUGAGACAUGUACAGGAAGCAAAAAAUUAACAUGAUUUAAAAAUUUUAAUAGGCUGUCAAUUUAUACAGAAAUGUUGUAUUUAUUUUCCUGUUUAAUUUUCAGAAAUUAAAAACAG